AAUAAGCAAGAAGCAAAAAUGUUGUUCUUCCAUCUCUUAUCUUUCUACUUUCUUCCAUUCCUCUUCAUCAUACCCUUCCUUUUCAUGUUCUUCUCUCUUACAACUUAUACUAAAAAACCCUACAAAAACCCACCACCUUCUCCACCAAAGCUCCCCAUCUCCGGCAACCUCCACCUGCUCGGCUCCCUCCCUCAACAUUCUCUCCGAUCGCUAUCCCAAAAGCAUGGACCCCUCAUGCUCCUUCACCUUGGCAAUGUCCCAGUCCUUGUUGUCUCAUCCUCUAUCGCGGCUCGUGAGAUCAUGAAAACCCAUGACCAAAUCUUUUCUAGCAGACCUAAACCUAGCAUUAUUGGCAAUCUCACCUAUGGCUUCAAGGACAUAGCGUUUAGUCCCUACGGCAAGUAUUGGAGGCAAGUGAGAAGCAUUUGUGUCAUCCAUCUUCUUAGUAACAAGAUGGUUCAGUCUUUUCGCAAUGUGAGAGCAGAAGAAACCGCCCUUAUGAUCGAGAAAAUAAAACACUUUUCUUCUUCUUCGCCUUUUUCUUCAUCAGUGAACUUGAGCGACAUGUUUGUGAAGCUUACGAAUGAUAUAGUGUGUAGGGUGGCGUUGGGGAGGAGGUAUAGUGGAGGAGAGAGAAAAGAUAGGAGGAUUAAGAAGCUAUUCACGGCACUUAGGGAGUUGACUGUGGUUUUUAAUGUUGGGGAUUAUAUACCAUGGCUUGGCUGGUUGAAUCGUUUCAAUGGCUUGGACGGUAAAGUUAAGAAAUAUGUAAAAGAAAUGGAUGAUUUUCUUGAGGAGGUAUUGGAAGAUCAUAUUGUUGAUGGAAAUAGAAGUGAAGGAAAGCAAGACUUUGUGGAUAUUUUGCUUGAAAUUCAAAGAGAGAGCAAAGAUGGAUCUUCUCCUGUCAAUAGAGAUACCAUUAAAGCUGUCACCACGGAUAUGUUUGGUGCUGGAACUGAUACCGUAUUCACAACCAUGGAGUGGACAAUGGCUGAGCUCUUAAGACAUCCACAAAUCAUGAACAAAUUACAGAAUGAGGUGAGAGAAAUAGCUAAAGGCAAACUAAGCAUAACCGAGGAUGAUUUAGAGACAAUGCACUACUUGAAAGCAGUAAUCAAAGAAUCUCUCAGGAUGCAUCCUCCGGCUCCAUUUCUAUUACCCCGAGAAUCAAUCCAUGAUGCCAAGGUAAUGGGAUACGACAUUGCAGCCGGCACACAAGUGCUUGUGAAUGCUUGGGCAAUUGGAAGAGACCCAUUGUUGUGGGAAGAUCCAGAGGAGUUUCGACCAGAAAGGUUCUUGAAUAGUUCAAUAGAUUUCAAAGGGCAAGACUUUGAGUUAAUUCCAUUUGGUGCUGGUCGAAGGGGUUGUCCUGGUACCCAGUUCGCCACGAACGUCAUUGAGCUUGCAUUGGCAAGUGUUGUUCACAAGUUUGAUUUUUCAUUACCGAAUGGAGCGAUUGGAGAUGAUUUGGACAUGACUGAAGUUGAUGGUAUAACUGUCCAUAAAAAAAUUCCUCUAAUUGUUGUUCCAACUCCCUACUCUUGUCAGUAUCAUUAUUAAUUGUUAGUAUCAUAAUUAAAGUAUGCUAUAUGUUUUGUUUAUUUUUGGUCAGUCCUAGUUAUAUGUUAGAUUCGUGGUUGUUAAAUCAAACCAAAUAAGUGCUUAGCCACAUAGAUAUGAGUGUAAUUUUGUGUUUGUGAGUUGUAUUGGAUAGACUGUUUGUUUCUAGUUUUAGGCAAAUCAAUUUUUAAAAAUGUUGUCUCUUUUUUAAUAUAUGUGAUGAUCAUA